GUAAACAAAGUCUCUCUCUUGAACAAAGAAACUUGCGAGGCGCCAUGGCAACUUCCUCUGCUCACCUCUCGUUUCUCGCCGGACGGUUCUCCUCCUCCGAACGGAUCGUAUUACUUCCUCACAGACGUGAAUUUCGUCCACGAAUUACCCGGUUCCGGUGCUCGGCUGGAAAGAGCGGAUUCUUCACGCGGCUGGGUCGGUUGAUUAAGGAGAAGGCCAAAAGCGACGUGGAGAAGGUUUUCUCCGGAUUCUCCAAAACUAGGGAGAAUCUAGCAGUCAUCGACGAGCUCUUGCUCUUCUGGAAUCUCGCCGAAACAGACCGUGUUCUUGAUGAAUUGGAAGAGGCGCUAUUGGUUUCUGAUUUUGGACCCAAGAUUACGGUUAGAAUUGUUGAGAAGCUAAGAGAAGAUAUUUUGUCUGGGAAACUCAAAUCAGGAAGCGAGAUCAAGGAUGCAUUGAAAGGAAGUGUGUUAGAGAUGCUGGCUAUGAAAAACAGCAAGACAGAGCUUCAAAUGGGUUUCAGGAAACCUGCUGUUAUUAUGAUUGUUGGAGUCAACGGAGGUGGGAAGACUACAUCUCUUGGAAAGCUGGCUCAUAGAUUCAAGAAUGAAGGAACUAAGGUAUUAAUGGCAGCAGGUGAUACAUUUAGAGCAGCAGCAAGUGACCAGUUAGAGAUAUGGGCAGAGAGGACUGGGUGUGAGAUUGUUGUGGCUGAAGGAGAGAAGGCUAAAGCAGCAACAGUUCUCUCAAAGGCUGUGAAAAGAGGGAAGGAGGAAGGUUAUGAUGUUGUACUGUGUGACACAUCUGGACGUCUUCAUACUAAUUACAGCUUGAUGGAGGAGUUGAUUGCAUGCAAAAAAGCAGUGGGCAAGGUUGUCUCUGGUGCACCCAAUGAGAUCCUACUUGUCCUUGAUGGAAACACUGGUUUGAACAUGCUUCCACAAGCUAGAGAAUUCAACGAGGUUGUUGGUAUUACCGGUUUGAUAUUGACGAAACUAGAUGGCUCUGCUAGAGGAGGCUGUGUGGUCAGUGUGGUUGAGGAAUUAGGCAUUCCUGUAAAGUUUAUCGGUGUAGGAGAAGCUGUAGAAGAUCUCCAACCUUUUGAUCCUGAGGCCUUUGUGAAUGCUAUAUUCUCCUAAGCCAUAAAUAAAACCUCAUCUUUUUCCGAAAGCUAUCAUCUUCAUUGCAUGCCAGAGCCAAGUGAAAACUUCCCAGUACUUUCACCGGAGAUGCAAAUGAAGAAUUCCUUUUCAAGUUUCUCAGGUCGUCAAGCUUCUGCAAUGGAUGCAAGUUUAUGAAUGUUAAUGAUGUGACAAAGCUCGUUGGCACAGUGAGAGUGAUCACAGACACAAGAAUGUAACGAGUCAAAGAAACUGCUUGUAUCUCACAUUCUCACUACUAUUUUGUAUAAUGUUAAUGUUGUAUAAAUUUUGAAGAAAUCAGCAUUGUAUGUUAGCAUAGCAAAUGUGAAUGGCACAGAGAGUGGAAAUGGAUGGCGCCGUAUACAAUCUUUCC